UUUAUUUCCGCGUUGUGGGGCACAUGUCAGCACGGUUCAGGUUCCUGCUUGUUUUGUGUUAUUUGAAAACCAACCUGUAUAAUAAUUCCCACAUUCUGAUUAUUUUUACGGACAUUGCAAAUGAUAUCAACUUGUACAUUCACAAUAAACCAGUGAGGAAGUCUAGUCGCGAGAUUACUAAACCUAAUUCCUGACCGGUAACCCGGCCUCCUGAGCCUACAGCAUUAUCGGCCCCACUAAGCUAUGUUCUGAGUGGUAUUGUGACGGAAGAUGAAGGUGUGGCAGCUGAUGCUGUCUGGAUUGGUGGUUCACCUGAUUCUCUUCUACUCCAUCUUUGACAUUUACUUCACAUCACCAUUGGUGCAUGGAAUGACGCCAAGUGUUCCUGAUUCUCCACCACCUGCCAGGAGACUGGUACUGUUUGUUGCCGAUGGAUUGAGAGCAGACCGUUUCUUUCAGCAGAAUAGAGAUGAAUCAGGACGGGAACUCUACCUCAGGAAUGUUAUUCAGGACAAAGGGUCAUGGGGUGUGUCACACACUCGGGUGCCAACAGAGUCAAGACCAGGGCAUGUGGCGCUCAUUGCUGGCUUUUAUGAAGAUGUCAGUGCUGUGGCGAAAGGAUGGAAGGAAAAUCCAGUCGAGUUUGACUCUGUUUUCAAUGAGAGUCGCUACACUUGGUCUUGGGGGAGCCCAGACAUAUUACCUAUGUUUGCCAAAGGUGCAACUGGCGGCCAUGUGUUCACACACUGCUACUCUUCAGCUGAGGAAGAUUUUGCCAGUUUCGAUGCCAGUCAACUCGAUACCUGGGUUUACCAGAGGGUCAAGAAAUUCCUUUCCUCGGCCAAGAGUAAUGCGACAUUACUUCAUCAACUGCAGCAAGAUAAGAUUGUCUUCUUCCUUCAUCUUCUUGGAUUAGACACAAAUGGACAUUCUCACAAACCACACUCAAGAGAAUACAUAGAAAAUAUUCAUCUCCUUAACCAUGGGAUUGAACAAAUGGUGUCUCUGUUUGAAGACUUCUAUAACCAAGAUGGCCGCACAGCUUAUGUCAUGUCUGCUGACCAUGGCAUGACAGACUGGGGUUCUCAUGGAGCUGGCCUUCCUUCUGAGACACUGACCCCAAUUGUGGCUUGGGGGGCUGGGCUACGUAGGCCUCUGAGGGCAGAGACAUGUGGAACCUAUCCAGACACAUUCUGCACAGACUGGAACUUGAACACUGUAACCAGAUUUGAUAUUCAGCAGGCUGAUGUUGCUCCCCUUAUGGCGUACCUCAUCGGCAUUGCCUUUCCCAUGAACUCUGUGGGAGUUUUGCCCCUUGAGUACCUGGGUGUGUCGCUGUGGGAACAAGCAGAGGGGGUAUACGCUAAUGCACAGCAGAUACUGGCACAGUAUCAGGUAAAGAUGAUGCAAGUGAAAGAGAGGACUGUCUCAGCUGCCUUCCGACCUUUUGGUGAACUUUCACCCUCAAAGCAAGCUGACUUCAUCCGACACACCCGGCAGCUGAUCAAGUCGGGAAACUAUGCAGAGGCAGUAAGUUUGAAAUUCUUUGGUGUCUGGAAAAUUAUCAUCACAUAUCUGAAAGUCGGGGAGUUGAUGAAUGUGGCUCUGAAAGGACUGAACUAUUACCAGAAGUAUGACAGACUGUUCCUGGGGAUCAGUAUAGUGCUCAGCUUCCUGGGGUGGAUGGUGUACAUCCUGCAGCAGGUGCUCCACAACCACACCGGGUUCUGUGCCGGCAGGUCAAACAGAGUUACCUCCCCUCUUCGCUACAUCAACAUGGCAGCAGCUGCCCUGGCCUCCAUUGUCAGCUUACUCUUGUUCAUCCAGUCAUCCCCCGUCACCUACUACCUGUACUGCUUGCUCCCUGUACCCUUGUGGGCCAAAGUUGUAGAAGCUGAAGUCAGAUUGCAGGUCCUGAAACGAGCAGUGUCUGUGUGUUACAAUAACAAGCAUGUCCUCACUGUCACAGCCUCUGUUGCCUGCAGCAUGCUGGGACUGGAGAUAGUGGUCCAAGGCUUCUUCCAGAGGGAGCUGCUGUCUAUCGGACUUGUCUGUAUUGCUCUCUGGUCAGUGACAUCGGGGGUCUUCAACACUUCCAAGUUUUCAGCCUACGGCUGGCUGCUAAGCUGUGUGCUGUUGGCAGUGUUUCCUCUUCUCCCUGUCGUUGGCCGGAACGCCAACUAUAGUCUUGUCCUCAUCUCAGGGCUGCUGGCCUUCCUGCUGGGUGCAGUCAUGGUGUAUCAACUGGGUGUCUUGACCAGCAGGGACAAGAACAACAACAGAAUGUCAGGGGUCAUCAUGGGCAUACAGCUUGUGAUGAUCCUAGCAGCAGUGGGAUUGGUGAAGUCGACAUCGGACGGCAUCAAGCAGCGGCAGGGGGUCCCCACCUACAAUCAUAUCAUCAGCUGGGCCAUGCUGGGUUUGAGUCCAAUCUGGCCACUGCUGACCAGCACCAACCUACCUGAGAGACUGGCCAGCGUCGGGCUCACCUUCAUCGGCCCCUACCUCCUCGUGAGCAUCACUUACGAAAGUAUGUUCCUUCUGGUGCUGCUGAGUCUCCUGUACUUUUGGCUCCACAUGGAGCACAACUUGACGGAGGAGCGCUCCAGGAAGUUGUUAUCCCACACCGACUUCACUGCCAACAACUACCUCAAGUCUCACCGCGACAGCUCACCUGAUUCAAGAUGGCUGCAGCUGGCAGACCUCAGACGAGCCUUCUACUUUGUCUUCCCUCAUUAACUGACAGCAUUCUUUGGUACAGGCAAUAUAGCAAGCAUUAACAGUUUUGACCCUGCCUCCGUGUACUGCUUCCUGACUGUCUUCAACCCUUUUGUCAUGGGAGCUCUGAUGAUGUUGAAGAAUGUGAUCCCCUUUAUGCUGGUGACGUGUGCGUUCCAGGCAGUCCACGUAGUGACCAGGAUCCCAGUCCGGGCCUUGUUCCUCCUCGUGAUGCUUAUGUCCGACUUCAUGGGGCUGCAUUUCUUCUUCAUGGUGCGUGAUUACGGCAGCUGGCUAGAGAUAGGCACAAGCAUCAGCCACUACGUGAUUGUCAUGACGAUGAUUAUCUUCCUAAUGCUGCUGAUGGGAAUAUCGCAUAUACUCACCUGUUGCCGCCUGUCAUUCCUCUAGCAGAAUUACCAUCCUGGCUAGUUGUGUCAUCCAAGCACCAUCCAGGCUAGGUGUAUCAUCCAAGUACCAUCCAGGCUAGUUGUAUCAUCCAAGUACCACCCAGGCUAUUUGGGUCAUCCGAGUACCAUCCGGGCUAGUUGUAUCAUCCAGGUACCACCCAGGCUAGUUGUAUCAUCCAAGUACCACCCAGGCUAGUUGUAUCAUUCAAGUACUAUUCAGGCUAGUUGUGUCAUCCAAAUACCAUCCCACCUUGUCAUGUUAUGAAGACUAGUCACUGAUGUACAUAUUGUGUAAAAAAUAUGGUAUAGGCUUGGAGAACUAUCUCAGGACGUACAAUUAUCAACUGCAAAAUUCUGUUGAUUUGAAAACCAUGUUUUGUUGUUUCUGAAUUAUUGUUAUCACUAGAGGACAUCUGUCGAGCACAGUUGUAUAAAAGGU